UUGUUAUUCGCAACAAGAGAGGCGAGUCGACGGCGAAAAGAGAAGGACGAGUUGAACCUGCAGUGGAGAAAAACGACUGUCGACAUCUGCGCAUGAUGCAUUGCAGCACUUUUGAGAAAAUGGGUGUCUUUAGCCUCAUUCUGAGAAUAGAGUAUCUGAUCCGAGAUGUCGGUUGGGUUCUUUAGCUACCGGAUCAUUUGAUUGUGCUGGACUCGAAACAACAUCCCCUCUGGCGACCUGCAACAUGGGGCCCAUCAUGCAGGAACGCACAGCAUCCACGGCACUGAGACGCGUCGUCUCCAAAGAGAAGAUUCGGGUAAAAAACACUGAAAAUAGCGGACCAGUACCCAGUUCAAAGAAAGGUAACAAGAUGAAGAAAGCAGUGGGCCAAAUGAAAAAUGGCCUCCCAGGACCAGGUCAGGAUAAGGACACACUGACACCAGUGCAGAGGGGUGCACAGCCCAAAGGUGGCAGGGUCAAGUCUGGCACAACACGGAACACUAGCAAACUCUCCAGCCCUGAAGAAGACGGAGAUUUGAGACCUCAACUCCGCAAACACCUAUCUGUGCACAGGAAGGAGGAGAAACCUGAAAAUCAACGGAUGUCACAAUGCGGCAAUGAGCUCCAGCAGAGUCGUGGGGCGAUGGGGAAAAAUCGGCGAGCGCUCUCCCUGCCCCUCUCCCCAAUAUCAGGGCUACGACACAUGCCAGCACACCCCCUCACACACUCCCCGGCCCCUACCCCAGAGGCACUACAGCAGCACUACAACCACAAGGAUGUUGACACUGACAGCGCCAGCGAUCUGUCAGACUCUGAGAGGCUGCCCGUGCUUCCCUCUCCCUGCACCCCCUGCACCCCUCCUCACCUCAACCUGCGGGCAGAGGUCAUCAACAGCAAUGACUUUCCCCCGGACUUCCCAGGACCCCAUGGGAUUCUGGGUGAUGAAGAUGAGAGUGAAAAACCCAGCUACAGUUACCCAGACUUUCUGCCGCCUCCCUUCAACAGCUGGAGCCUGAGACAGCUGGCAGUGUUUCUUCAUACAGAGGGCCGUGGCGCCCCCCGGCCCAAACCUGUAGGGCCCUUAGAGAAGUACCUGGAGAGGCUGCUGCAGCUGGAGUGGCUCCAGAUCCAAACGGUGCAAGCAGAGAGCAGCCGUCCCCCUGGGAGCCGUCCAAGGCCACAGGGUUUCCCCUCUGCCACCACUGCUCACCCACCGAGGCCUCACACAGCUCCACCGUCCAGACUCAACUCCCCUAAAGGGCUGCGGCAGAGCCAGCGAGCCUUUCCAUUUGCACCUGUCAACAACCCCCCGUCACCAGCCUCAACCCAGCACCAGCACUCCCGCUUCCCAGUUUGCCCUCACUGUCACAUUCGCUACCCGCUGUGCAAUGGAAGCUGCUCUGCCUAUGCCUACCAGCGCCACUCGCGGCUCAGCCCACUGCUUGAGCGCAAAGCCAGACCUGGGGCGCCAGCGAAGAGGAGCAGCAGUGAGACCCGAGCGACCUCCACGGAAGGUAGGAGCCCAGGAGGACAAGGAGGAGGAGCCAAUACCCCAGUUAGCCCCUCAGCUGGAAGGAGUCAUCUCAAGCACAUGCAGGCUGCAGGCAAUGCCCGUAAGCAACCGCAGGAAUCUGGAACCAACCCAAAUAGCAGAGGUCAGGUGAGGAAAAGCCGCGUCAGAGCUAACUCUGAGACAGAUGUUAAAAAGGAGCCUGGUGGCAGUAAAGCAGCCGGUGCAGAGAAACGUGUUUUUGCUGCAAGUAAGAGAGAGGUCCUCACUUCCAAGAGAGUAGAGAAGGACUGGCAGAGGACUGAGGCAGGUCACGGUGGUCUGGCCUCUAAAACUGCCAUGAAAAGAGCUACUAAAGAGCCGCAGUCUCUCUCCAAAGCACCGCUUAGUAGUAAGCAGAAUGACAAAACAAAAAAUGUGCACUUUGUUGCAAAGUAACCCCUAUAGACCUACAGUGUAGUGCUUUACUUAGUAGUUACUUGGUACAGGAGCUUGAACCUAUGCUUGCUUUCUGUGUAAUCUGUGUAAUACUAACAUGUUGUAACUGUUGUGCAGCAGUCUAAAUCAGUCAGUAGUGUACAGCCUUCAAAAGGUCAAAACUAACAAGAAGUUGAGCAGCUAGACUAGAGAUAAAAUAGCAAUGAUUUCAAUGCACAAUAUGACAGUUAAAUAGAACAGAAUUAUAUAUACAUAUUAUAUUUCAUUCAAAAUGUACAGUAGGUUUACGGUCAUAAUUUCAGACUGUUUUGACAAAAGGCUCACUAUGGCCCUAAACACUAGUAGGAUGAAAACAGUCUAAAAACACAGCUUCUAUGUAAACUGAACUCUGUUGCACUGCACAGUCGUCUCUCAGUGUGCUACUAAUGUUGAAAUAGGCAUAAAAAAGCAUCUACUGUACCACUUAACAGCUUUCAGCAUAAGUAAUCUAUAGUGAAGUUGAACACAGAUCAUUACAUUUUAGUCAUCCAAUACAACCAUAGCCGUUACUAGUGGAGUUUUUGAUGUUAGAAUGUAUUUGUUGUCAUUGCUCUUCCUUUAAUUUUUGUCCUUUUUUUUUAUCUCAUGUUUUCAAGACUCAUGUUCAGUUAAAGCAUCUUGGCUGAAAUGGCUGAAAGGAGGAGGCGCAAUAAGUGGUUGUGUACCGCAGUGAUGUAAUUUGUUUCAGAUAUAUUUGUGCAAUGGUAUUACAUUUUUGGUUACAAGGGCUUUUCAUGUUUGAACAGCUUGAAUUGUAGUCUAUGAUAAUAUAUUGUAUUUUGCAUAGAGCUGAGCUCUAUCAUUGAAGACAGUGUAAUGUUUGCUACGAAUGUAAAUGCAUAUUUUUUCAACUUUUAUAUACCAUAGUUAUAUUUAUGAAAAGUGUUGUGGUUGACUUGUAUUUAUUCAUUGUCAUUAUUAUGUUUACAUCAUCAUGCACAAAAAGAAAAUAUUUAGUAAAAGAGCUGAAUGUAACUCAAUGUCUGCUGUGCUGUACCAUUGUUUCAUUUCCACAAUUCAAUGGGAGUCCACCACAUCGUAGCUGUAAGGCUGUAACAUGGUGAUGUUAUACAUAUCAUCAUAUUCCACUGCAUACUUGAAGUCUUUAGAACACUGUGUUUACAUUAGAGUGUCUUAUAUGUUUGUGAUUUACCAUGUGCACUUGAUUCAUGGGAAUACUACAUUCAUGUAAAUAAUGUGAUAUGUAUUCUGAUUGCACCUUUACUUAAUAUUCAUGUAAAGUAUCAAAGCCAUAGAUAAGGGGCCAGGAGUGACAAUGUUAUUAUAAAUGUGUACAUUAUGUUGACACGCACGCAGAAAGAUUGUGGUAUGUAUUUUCUCAAUGUUGAAUGCAAGUAUUUGUAAGGCAUAGAAAUAAAUGUUUUGCACUCAA